AUGAAUAGCGAGAAAACUGUUCACCCAGUAGCUAGUACUACAGCUCCAAUAACAUCGCUUCACAGUGCUGGCAGUCAUUUACAAACGCAAGACCAUGAGGUUAAUUUGGAUGCCAUUUUAUCGAACCCAUUGUCCAUAGGAGAAGUUGGAACCACAUUAACUGAUACCCAAAAAAAUUAUGUGUUGAAAAGGUUGCAUUUUGAUGCGUUAACCAGCUUUGAAGACUUGCCACCUGAAUGUACUUUUAUAUUUGAAAAAAUUGAGCAGAUGUCAACUCAGGAAGCUGUUGAGAUAUUGAAGGAUGCUAUCAAAGAGCAUGGAGACGAUGUCAAUGUCAAGGAACAUGACUUGGACCUAUGGAAAGAGUUGGUUGAUUAUAAUGCUCAUGGAUUUCACCACCCCGAUGAUGAGAAAAAGUCAGAGUCGUCAAUUGAUGAAAAAGGUCACCAAGUCAAAGUUUCAACACUCUCACAUGAUGCUGAAACGUCAUCAAACGACCCUUCGACUGGUAGACCAGAAAUUGUUGAUUGGGACUUGCAAGUUAGGUUGGAAGCAGUGUUGGUAGCUUAUUGGUCUCCAUACCCUGAAGUCAGAGCUGUUACCCUCCCAUUUGAUGAUCCUUCCAUACCAGUCGAAACAUUUAGAGUUUAUCUCAUUGGUAUCAUUUGGACUGCUAUUGGAGCUGUUAUUAACCAAUUCUUCACCGAAAGACAACCUCCAAUCACUCUUGACAUGGCCGUUGUUCAAGUGUUCUUGUACCCAAGUGGAUUGUUAUGUGAAUGGAUCUUGCCUAAAUGGAAAAUCAAACUUUGGAAGAAUUGGGUCAUUGACUUAAAUCCUGGACCCUACAAUUUCAAAGAGCAAAUGUUGGCAACGCUUUUCUGUUCAGUUACCGGUGGUAGUACGUCAUAUGUGUCGUACAACAUCUUGAUGCAAAAGUCUGAAUUGUUUUAUGACAACAAAUGGGUUGACUUUGGUUACCAAGUAUUGUUGAUCUUGUCAACAAACUUUUUGGGUAUUGGUUUGGCUGGGUUAAUCCGUAAGUUUGCAGUUUACCCCAUUCAAGCUGUUUGGCCUAGUAUCUUGCCUAACCUUGCGUUGAACAAGGCAUUGUUGACCAAGUCAAAGAAACAAAACAUCAAUGGAUGGACAAUUUCAGGAUACUCAUUCUUUUUCAUUACCUUUGCUGCAUCAUUUCUUUACUUUUGGGUUCCUGACUACUUAUUUCAAGCAUUAUCAAACUUCUCUUGGUUGGCGUGGAUUAAGCCUAGUAAUCAAAAUUUGGCUAUUGUCACUGGAUUUAUGGGCGGUUUAGGACUCAAUCCGGUGUCUACAUUUGAUUGGAACAUUAUCAAUCGUAACAAACCUUUGACUUACCCCUUCUACAAUCAAACCAAUAUGAUUGUUGGUAUGUUUAUUGGAUUCAUUACCAUUAUUGGGGUUUAUUACUCCAACUACAAAUGGACAAAGUACUUGCCAAUCAACUCAAAUGGUCUUUUCACAAACACUGGUGAACCAUAUAGCGUUAGGGCGGUGGUUAAUGAAAAUAGUUUGUUUGAUAACGAAAAGUAUCAGGAAAUUGGCCCUCCAUUUUACUCCGCUGCUAACUUGGUCUUGUAUGGUGCCUUCUUCCUUAUUUACCCAUUCCACUUUGUUUAUGAGUUUGGUAUGCAGUACAAGCAAAUGUGGCAUGCUAUGAAAGGAUUAGGUGCAGCCUUAAAGAAUUGGAGAAAGUCGACAUAUGAAGGUUUCAAUGAUCCACACAGUGUCAUGAUGAGGGCAUACCCAGAAGUGCCAGAGUGGGCUUAUUUGAUUAUUUUGGUCAUCUCAAUCGUUUUGGCCAUAUUGUGUGUCAAAGUGUAUCCAGCUGAAACUCCAGUUUGGGGUAUCUUUUUCGCUUUGGGUAUCAAUUUUGUCUUUUUGAUUCCAUUGACUACUGUGUAUGCCAGAACUGGAUUUUCGUUUGGUUUGAAUGUCUUGGUUGAGUUGAUUGUUGGUUAUGCUAUCCCAGGUAAUGGUUUGGCCUUGUCAUUCAUCAAAGCUUUAGGUUACAACAUUGAUGGACAAGCACAAAAUUUCAUAAAUGAUUUGAAACAAGGUCACUAUGCCAAACUUCCGCCACGUGCAACCUACAGAGUCCAAUUGCUUUCAAUCCUCAUAGCAUCAUUCAUCCAAUUGGCAAUCUUGAACUAUCAAAUCACUGGUAUCAAAAAUUAUUGUGAUCCUUAUAACACCCAAAAGUUUACUUGCCCAAACACAAGAACCUUCUACAGUGCUUCUGUCCUUUGGGGUGUUAUUGGUCCCAAGAAAGUUUUUGACAACUUAUACCCAACUUUGAAAUGGUGUUUCUUGAUUGGUUUCUUAUUGGCGUUCCCCUGCAUUGCUUUAAAGAAAUGGGGUCCACAAAAAUAUGUGAAGACGUUUGAACCAGCAAUUGUCAUUGGAGGCAUAUUGAACUACGCACCUUAUAACUUAUCAUACUACAUCCCAAGUGUUUAUGCCUCGUUCGCUUUCAUGUGGUAUAUCAAGAACAAAUACGAGGCAUGGUGGCAAAAGUAUAACUAUCUUCUUUCAAGUGGUUUGAGUGCUGGUGUAGCUUUUUCAUCAAUCAUCAUUUUCUUUGCUGUCAUGUAUCAUGAAAAAGAUAUCAACUGGUGGGGUAAUACUGUUGUCUACACUGGUUAUGAUGGAGAUAUGGUUGGUUCGUUGAAUGCUACUGAACUGGCUCCUGAUGGAUACUUUGGUCCAAGAAAAGGGCACUUCCCUUGA